AACACCAGCACCAGCCGCUGCCUUCCUGCUCGUCCCGCCCGUGCUAUGUCUACAUCCACCAGCUGCCCGAUUCCCAGGGGCAGGGACUGGCUGCCUGACUGCUACAGCACCACGCUGGGGGGCACACUAUACUCCACUACCCCCGGAAGUCUGCGGCCAGGCCAACGUGUGCGUGUCGCAGGACGUGGGCGGGGAGGCACCAGGAUCAUCUACGACCGAAAGUUCCUGCUGGAGUGCAAGAACUCACCCAUUGCCCAGACGCCCCCCUGCUGCCUCCCUCAGAUUCCGGGGGUCACAACUCCAACAGCCCCACCCUCCAGGCUCGAGGAGCGGAAGGAGCAGAAGGAGACAGAGGAAGAGAUACCUGAUGACGCACAGUUUGAAAUGGACAUCUAAUCCAGUGAAGAUGACCCUGUGUGUGGACAUGAUAUGAGCCUCCUGGCCCCUUCCACCUGGUUCUGUUGUCCUCAAAGCGUUAGAAGACCUUAGGACCCAAACAGAGGCAGAAGCUUAUUUGGUGAGUCAGAUGAAGAGUCAUAAUCCUACUCUCCCCGUCCCCUGAAAAAAAAAAUCAUGAUCCCAUAUGUCAGCAAUCUGGUCUUUUUCACCUUCAAUUUAUACAGCUAGGUUCUAAUCUCUGUAGCACUUGCAUACCUCAAGGGUGAUGCAAUGCAAACAGGUCAGUCUCCUUUUUUUGAGGGAAAAAAAUCUCCCCAUGCUAUUUGAGCCUCUGUUCCCAUACUGAAACAAAAUCAUCCAAACAUAGGGUUACUCAGCCCAGCAGGGGAUGUAUGUUUCUGUCUAAUUUGGGGGAGAGUGGCAGGCAGUAAUCUACUCACGCCUAGCAAGGCCAUUCAUGAUGAAUAGAGGAAGAACAGAGG